GUGAUGAAGGCGGAGGGCAGUUCGUGGGGGAGGGCUACCAGGCUGAGAAUGCCCUGGUAGGUGCCCUCUGCCCUGUAUCUAGGGAAAGGCCUGGAAAGGUACGACACGCUCGUUUGCAUCUAUCUGCAUUGUAGCGGUUACCUUCCGGGCUCCAGCACUCUGGGGCGGGGGGUGGGGUGCUCCCUUCCGCUCUGGGGAGCCCCCGCCUAGAGUCCGGGGCGAGGGCGGGGCUCCUCCGGGGUUCCAGCCCCGUCCAGUCAGCGAGAGUGCUCGCCGACCUCCUGCACCCCUCGGACCGCGCUCUGCCGUCGGCCAGGCCCGGGUCCUGCCCUAAGGCGAGGGUGGACCAGAUGACCUUUCUCGGCCUGUUGGCUGGAAUCCGAGGCCUCCGGGUCCAAGUCCAGAACUCAGGGGGCGGGGCGAUAGGGGCGUGUCCCAAAGGGGCGGAACCCAGGGGUCCUUGAAAGACGCGGACCCGGCGCGACCCACCCAGUCCAGCGCUCCGGUCUGCUCCCGCCUGGCCACCUGCCCUGAUCCGGCGCCACCAUGCCCAAGUGCCCCAAGUGCAACAAGGAGGUGUACUUUGCUGAGCGGGUGACUUCCCUGGGGAAGGACUGGCAUCGGCCUUGCCUCAAGUGUGAGAAAUGUGGGAAGACGCUGACCUCCGGGGGUCAUGCCGAGCAUGAAGGCAAGCCCUACUGCAACCACCCCUGCUAUGCAGCCAUGUUCGGACCCAAAGGCUUUGGGCGUGGUGGAGCCGAAAGCCACACUUUCAAGUAAAUCCAGGUUUUGGAGACCCAUCUCCAGUUGCCCACCGGGCCGCUGCCCUCCAGGCCGAUGGCGGGUUUUUCUCCACAGGCACGUGGGGCUCCCCUGUAGAACCCCAUGCCCUCAAUAAACACGCACACUUGGAAGACC